UACCAGGUGAGCUUGGCUCCUGUGAACACACACACUGACACACGCACGCCGCCUCGGCCUACUAGGGAGUCCAUCCUUCUCCCCGGACAGCCAGCAAUAAGACAAGUUAUCACACUUGAAGGAUUUAAGGAUAAAAAAUAUCAUCUUCUGAACAACAACAACGCAUCAACAGACGUCUAUAACGUGUUAACGAUACUUUAUUAUUAAAGUCAGUAGAAGAAAAGAUCAGAGAUGGAACUGACGAUGGUCAUGAAGUGUUGCCUUUUACUGGUCGUUUCCUGCGCUCUCUUAACCACUCCGGUGACUGCCCGACCUAGUCACAGACAAAAACGGGUGAGUGAUCAGCGCCUCGCCGAACUGGAAACGCUUUUGGCCCUUGCCAGGAUGAAAAACCGAAAAUUUGUGACGGUACCAGUAGGCUACGGCCUCAUUGACGUUCACCAGAUUGGUCGCCGAAAGCGCUCGGAGCCCCUCGAAAUCGGACACCAAGACGCAUCCAGCAGUGACUACGACCAGGCCGACGUGCAGCACGCGUUCUCCUCAGCGGAUUCGGACUCGGUUAAAGAAGAGCAGUUUCUGGGCAGGAACUACUCCGACGACGAGGAGUCCAGCGAAGUGGAGGAGAGCGGGAAGGACCGGACGGGCUAUAUGCUUGCAGGAUUAAGACACGGGCCUCGAGCCGCUCUCUUCUUGGGCAUGAGGGGCCAGCAGCAGCAUCCCAGAUUCAUCUAGAUCCUGCCGGAGGAAGAAGAUGUUAAUAUCUGCCAUUAAUUUAUUCAGUCUAGUCAGUUGUGUUUCUCUGUAUUUCGUCCGCCCUUAGAAAGUUCCCGCCAUGAUUCUUAGUGCCCGAGGAAGCUGCAGUGAGCGAAACAGUUCGAUAAAAUUGAAGUCGAAUGGAUUGAUUGAUUGACUGAUUGGUGUCAAACCAGCGUUACCACAACUAAGCUCACCAACGCCGAAGAAUAACCGAUGAAUACGUCCCAAGGAUGAUGAAUUAUCAAUAACAGCUGAUUUACGAGAAGAAGCAGAGUCAAUUUAAAAAGGAAAUGAUGGAAAUCCGAAGUCGAUGAUUUCUGCAUUUCUAAGGUCAUUCGUUGGUUAUCCGAGUUCCCUUUCAAUACAAACUUUCAGGUGGCACGGGCUCCUUCCCCCUCAGAGUAGGAGUUCUACAAACAUCAGCCAGUAGGUACUCGACAAUUAUAUCCCCACGUAUCAGAAACGAGGGUGUAGUCAUUUCAUAAUUGAUCAGUCUUUAUCUCCCUUAGACGUAGCAUUCUCUUCUGUGUGGCCAGUGUUAAGAAUAAUGUGGCAGAGAGAGAGAGAGAGAGAGAGAGAGAGAGAGAGAGAGAGAGAGAGAGAGAGAGAGAGAGCCAAUCUAUUGCAGUGAGAACAAAAAUUCAUUUCAUUGCAAAGUUAUGGAACUUGCGUUGUGCGUCUGAAUUGUAUUGUUACUUUCUUUCACUUCUUAAUUGGACCCAGAAGACAAAUCCUUCGCAUAGAUAUCAUUGGAGAGCUGCAGUGGCUUUGUCAUUCGUUUUAAGCUAAUGACUUUACAAACGCUAUUUACAAUUCCUGAAAGUCAGAAAUAUUAAUAUUAACAAGAAGAAUUUGAAGAAUAUCUUAUUUCAAUGUUUACAUGGAGUACCAAAAACAAGAGAUUAUCUAGUCUGUAAUAUAAAAAGACUAUAAUUUGGAAAUGAUCUUGUUUUCCAAUAGUAUUACAUCAGGAACUUGAAAACCAAAGACACUCCUAUGAAGCGGAUAUUCCAACUUUCUCCCCAUGCCAAUUUGGUAUAGGUUGCUGGCUUUGUGCUUAAUAAUUCCACUCAUUUGUUCUAGACAUUUUUGGAAUACCUUGCUUGAAAUACUUGUCCUUCAUACCGUCUGAAGUUUCUGAUUGUUCAAGACUCGACUGUAUCUUCGACCUCCAGUUAUGGAAUAUUUUAUCAUUACAGUAUUCCCCGUAUUUAUGUUAUUUAUUAAAAUAAUUUAUAAUUACAAGUGAAUUUUCAUUAUAUAUUAGAUCUGUUUUCUUAUUCAUCUUUUGUCUUAUUUUGUGUGUCCAAUGAACGACAAGACAAUAAAAUAUAUAAAAAUAUGAAAUAUGUGACUAUCAUGAAAAAGGAGGUGGAAGAAAUAUUGACAAAUAGACUGUAAGCAAAUGCAAAGUUGCUUUCUUGCCCUUUCAGAGGAACAAAUAAAUAA